AUGCAGAACAAGAAGAAGAAGACUUUUAUUUUGGGCUGCGAUCUGCUGUCUGUGAUUCGGCUGAAGAAAGACCUACUGGCUUUGAAAGAGGAAAAAGACGUACCUAAUGAAAUUGGAGAGGAAGAUCAACAUGAGGAUCUUCAAAAGACGGGAACUAGAAGUUAUUUCGCUUGUUUCAGUCAACGAGGAAACUUUAAAGUCCACAUGAGAAUUCACACUGGAAAAAAGCCUUUCACAUGCACUCAGUGUGGAAAAAGUUUCACUCUUAAAAUUGGUCUUAAAAGGCACAUGAGGAUUCACACUGGCGAAAAGCCUUACACAUGCCCUCAAUGUGGAAAAGGUUUCUGUCAAAAUGGAAACCUUAAAGUCCACAUGAGAAUUCACACUGGGAAGAUCUAUUUCACCUGCCAACAGUGUGGGAAAAGUUUCACUCGUAAAGCAAAUCAUGACAGACACAUGAGAAUUCACACUGGAGAAAAGCUUUACACAUGCCAAUACUGUGGAGAGAGUUUUGCUCAACGUGAAAACCUUACUGUUCACAUGGGAGUUCACACCAGAGAGAAUUCUUACUUGUGCCUUCAGUGUGGAAAAAGAUUCCAUCAACAUAGAAACCUUAAAGUCCAUAUGAGAACUCACACUGGAAAAAAGCCUUUCACCUGUGAACAGUGUGGAAAAAGUUUCACUCGUAAAUUAGGUCUUAAAAGGCACAUGAGAAUACACAAUGGGGAAAGUCCCUUCACCUGCCAAUUUUGUGGAAGAAGUUUCACUCAAAAAGGAACCCUUAACAGGCACAUGGGAAUUCACACCGGGGAGAAGCCUUACUCCUGCCAACUGUGUAGAAAAACCUUCACUCGUAAAAUAGGUCUUGAAAGGCACAUGAGAAUUCACACUGGAGAAAAGCCUUAUAAAUGCGCUCAAUGUGGAAAAAGUUUCAUUCAACAUGGAAACCUUACAGUCCACAUGAGAAUACACAAUGGAGAGAGUCCCUUCACCUGCCAACAAUGUGGAAAAAGUUUCAAUCAUAAAGGAAGCUUUAACCGGCACAUGAGAACUCACACUGGAGAGAGGCCUUACAUAUGCCUCGAUUGUGGAAAGACUUUCGAUCAACAUGGAAACCUUAAUGUCCAUAUGAAAAUUCACACUAGGGCCUGGCAAUAAAACGAUAAUGAUCACAAUAUGAUUUUUCUUUCUUGAACAGCAGUGUUUACUUGCUGAUCGGUCUUGCUCGCACAACCAUAUCCAUAAAAAGUGCUUGAAUAUAGUGAAGAACAUUCAAUUUCUUGUUGAUUUAGUUUAAAAACUGCUGACGCUUUUAACAGGAGAAAUACUGUGCCGUGAACAAUACAGUUAGAAGGCUUUUCCAUGGUAUUGUGGCAGAAAUGUGAAAAAUAUAUGGAAUUUUACUAUAUUAAUAU